AUGGCCGCCCAAACCGCUGAUCCUCUAGCGGACGAGCUCGCUCUGGGAUGGGGUGAAGACACGAUUUACUGCGAAGCGACUUGCGACCCUGAAGAUGUCUUGUAUGAGGGUUCAGACGACGAAAACUACGAUAACCCUAUGUCACGAAAACUACGUAUCGAAGCAGCAGGUCAACGAUUUCUCGACGGCAAAACACCAGUCCUCUUGACAGCAUUGCUCAGAGGCCCUUUUGAUGCGAAGUCCUCGAACUGGGUCAACCCUUGGCGUUCAAAGCACCGAACGGCCGGAAGUGCAAGAAUAAUAAGGACGUCGCCUGGGAAAUUGAAAAGGUCCGCCAACGUUAGACGCAACGUAUCUAUACCAGAGACGGUUCAGCCGGCUAGUGAUAGUCUGGAAUGUCACCUCCCGAGCCCCGAAAGCCUUAACCAAACUUCCGAGACCGAAACACACCCUUAUUUGGAAGAGGACGAGCUCGCCAAGGUCCGGGAAUGGAGAGAUGCCGUGGACGCUGAAAAGAAACCGAAGGACAAGUUUUGGGCAUCAACACCACAAGGGUCACUUUCUGAGAGAAAACGAAAGGCUAAGGGAUCUUCAUGGUUGAAGCAUUUGGCGAAUAAACGACAACGAACAGAUAUCAUAGAAACGGGCUCCAUUGAUACUCCGGUCCCAUCCCGAAAUCAACCUUCACUCUCAGCUACGAAGGCGUUCAACACAUCCUUUUCAAGUGUCCCCGAUCGCUUGCCAUCUUCCGCCAUUGCAACAAAGAGAUUCUUCUCAACGCAGCAACAUGAGCAACCCACUUCAGAGGACGAACUAUCCCGCGAUAAGGUUAAGCUGGGUCGACCCUCUGCGCGUUCGUCAUCAUCCUUAUCAAGUCUACAGUGCACUCCCGUCCUGGACGCACAUGGGAAUAUAUCGUUACAAGACGGUAUUGACCAAGUUUCAGUUCGUCAACGAGGUUCUGUACCCGCAACAACUGAUUUGAGAGCCCAAGAUGAAGUUGUCAGGAAUCCUCGCUCCGCUUUUGAGACCCAAGAAGAUGACAGUUUCUGUUUUAAAAUGCGGCCAACGCUCAAUCAAGCUGUUGAGACUGCAUCAGACCAAGAUGUGUCCAUAUCCAGAGACGAGGACACUUGGUCUGGCCUGUCGUCGCCCAACGAUGAUAUGGCCAGCACACCAGUAGAGGAGGGGCGCAGCCUACGAGAGUCUGAAUCAGCAAUGGAAAUUGACCAAAUCGCUGUGACAAGUCCUCUGUCAUCUAUCUCAAGCAAGGAGUUUCGUGGAUUCGAGAUUUCUGACUGCCGACCUUCUUCGAUGAUUGACACCACGCCAUCUGAUUCGGUCAGCGAAUGUCAAUCAGCCACAGGGUCAGAAGAUGAGGACAUGGGUGUGACUGCGACAGCCGAUGUCACCAGCAGCCUAGCUGUAACUGAAAACCACGGAGGCAGUGGCACAGCCUCCGUGGAUGAAUCUAGCGACGAAGAGGAAGAGGAAGAGGUUAGCAAAGCGAAAGCCACUGAAGUCGUAUCCCCAACAACACUCAAUAAUAGGACGCCACAAACCUUGGCAGGACGUCGUCGCGAGGCUGAUACGACGCCCACAACACCUUCUCAUGCUGAGUAUCUUCUCAGAACUUCAAUCAAGAAGAGAUUCAUUCCUCAAAGCUCAUGGGACAAGUUGGCAAAAUUGACUGGAAGCCCUGCUUAUCAAAGCAUACCCCAAAGAAGAGCAUCUUGCCCAUCAAAACUGGCAUUUAACCCUCCCAGUGAUCGACGGGAAACAACAUCGGUUCAAUCUACUCCCAUGAAGACGACUAUCCGUCGAGCUUUGAGUCUUCCUCAGCCUCCGUUACAGAACGUGAGACCAACUGUUGUCGAUAGCCCAGCCAAGGAGUUACAGCUGGAGCAAGAACAGCGCCAGCCCAACUCACCAAAGGACACGCGUAUUCCCUUCUCACAGCAGACUCCAUGGGUUGAUAGCAAGCUUUCUCAGUACGCUACACUGAGCUUGGGCAAGAUAUCUACAGACAGCCCUACGCUAGAGUCAAAGGAAACGGGCACUAUCGUGGCUGAAUCCAGCCCUGUGGGACAAACCCCUUGGACAAACGAGAUGGCUGAACCACCGACGAUGCCCCUGCCCCUGACACCUGUUGUCGAAAUAGAAGAUCGCACGACAGUCGAAGAGCCAAACACGCCUGCCGUUGCAUCUCAAGUUGAUACGCCACUGCAGGAUGCCUCCGCGGCAGCCACGACAGUCAUAGAGUCAACACCCGAGCCCCAGUUCUCGGUCAAGUCAUUUGCAUCCUUCAGAUCAACUUCUCCAGGGCAUAGUUCUCGUCGAAGCAAGCGCGCUGUUUGGAGGGGAUCGGGAAGUCGUAUGCCAAGCACGCAAGGUAUUCUGGCUUCCGCAACAAAGAACCCUUGGGUUGUCAGGAGCUCUGAACGCCGAGUCUCCUUCGCACCGCUACCCCAUGAAACCGAGGGAUAUUCGAGUAACCCAACAACACCCUGCCCAUCUACAUCUAAGGGACGUCAAGGCUCACCGCCACCUGAUACUCCUAUGUCUGAACUUCCUACAUCUGGAGGUGACAAAUUCCAUAAGCACUUUGAUGCCGUGGUGCGGGGACCUAUCAUCCGUCACAAACAGCGUUUGCUCCCAUCAGAAUCACAGCGUACAGUUGGCAGUCCAAUGCCAGAUGCUAUGGCAGAGGCUUUCCUUUCGGCAGACCAGCUGCGUCGAUCGGCUCCUCCUUCGGAUCCGACUAAGAGCGAUCGCGAAUCGGAUGAAUCGCAAGACCCUAUGGAAAUGGCGGAAGAUGUGUUCCGCGAGAUGGACCACGUUUUCGAAUGGAACCUUAGUGGAACAGAGUCAUCCCCUCAGAAGACUCAGGUCCAGCAAAGUCCAUGGUGA